UUCACAACGAAUCUUUAUCAGAAAUUGUUGUGUUGUGUUUAUCGCUGUCCCACUACCCACUACCCGCGCAUAAACGCCACUCGGUGGUUCAGAGUGGUGCAAAUGUGCAGUCCGCGUCGGCGAUGACUAAUUGAUCGCAAUUAAAGCAAAGAACAAGGAAAGGAAUCCCCGCCGCAUCGAAUAUGGCGUGGAGCGACUUUGCCUGGAAUUGGACGCAGUUCUGUCCCACGGGAUUGACGCCGUUCGCCAACGAUACGAACGAUUUGCUGCCCUGCUUCCAGGAGAUCCUGCUCCAGCUGCCCGUUUACACGAUCUUCGCAGCGAUAUCCGCCUACAAUUUCGGCAGUCAAUCGAGGCCCGUCAUCCGAAAUGGCCUACAGCUGCGUAUGUUGUGGCUGCGCACGUUUCUGGCCAUUGUGCUGGCCCUGCUGCCGGUGGCCAAAGUGUUCGCCUUCCAGCAGGCGGGCAUUGAACUGCAUGCGGCGGAUGUGCUGGUCGCCUGUGCCGAGUGCAUUAUGUGGGUCGUUCACAGCGGUUUCCUUUUGACGGCCCGUCAAUGUGGUGAGCUUAGUCACCGUGGAUCGCUGCUAAUCAAUGUGGUCUGGCUCACUGUUGUGGUUCUAGAUGGCGUCUGGCUACGGACAAGUCGCCAUUUUGCUUGGUGGCCCUGGAGUUUGGCCACGCUGCUGUGCGACCUUUUGUUUGGAGCCACUCUUUUACCCAAAGGAAACGCGGUCUACUCGAGCAUUCCCAGAGGAGGAGUUAGCAGUGGCGAAGAGGAGGGGCUUCUGUCACAGCGCUAUACUUACUUCCAUUUUGAUCUGAACGAAGGUCACUUGGGCCACGCGCAGGAUGAAGCUAAUGUGGGAUCCCGCUUCCUAUUCCAUUGGGUUUAUCCCCUGAUAGCCAAGGGAGUGGCAGGAAAAUUGAGGAAAAUCGAGGACCUAUUCGAUCUGCCAGAGGCCUUGAAUAUCACACGAUUGAGUGAGCGACUGCACUUGGCCUUGUCACAAUCCCAGAGCUUGUGGAGAGCGCUGCACCGGUGCUUUGGCGUAGAGUUCUAUCUGAUUGGAGUUCUAAGAUUGAUUGCGGAUUUAAGUGGCUUUGCGGGACCCUUGCUGCUGGGAGGACUCCUUCGACAGGAUCACACGGACUCGAACGAAGUGUACUACUACGCAUUGGGACUUUUUGGAAGCACCCUGCUCUCGGCUUUGUGUUCAACGCACUUUGAUUGGCGUAUGGCCAUGGUCUCCAUGAAGAUGCGCGUAGGCGUGGUGAACUCCAUUUACCGAAAGGCCUUGGAGGCAAGGGUCAUCAAGGACUCAAGGCCAGACAUGCUAAAUCUUAUGUCAACGGAUACGGAUAGGAUUGUGAACUCGUGCAUCAGUUUCCACUUCUUCUGGAGCAUUCCCUUCAAGCUAUUUACGACGCUGUACCUGCUUUACCUGCAAUUGGGCGCUGCCUUUCUCGCCGGCGUACUCUUUGCCGCCUUACUCAUACCUAUCAACCGCUGGUUGGCCAAGAGGAUUGGCAUUUACUCGACUGGAUUAAUGACAGCCAAGGAUGCGAGGCUCUCGGCCACAACAGAGACCAUGCAGGGAGCCAAGCAGAUCAAGAUCAAUGCGUGGGAGGAUAUAUUCAUAACAAAGAUACGAGGACUGCGCCAAGAGGAGCUAAGAUUUCUCUCAAAGAGGAAAUACCUAGAUGCCAUGUGCGUUUACUUCUGGGCCACCACGCCCGUGCUUAUGUGCCUGCUUACCUUUGGUGUAUCUGUGCUGCUGGGUAAUCCCUUGAUAGCCUCUACGACAUAUACCAGUGUGGCGCUGCUUUACAUGCUGAUUGGUCCACUAAAUGCCUUUCCCUGGGUUCUUAAUGGAUUAAUCGAGGCCUGGGUGUCGAUCAAGAGAGUCCAACAGCUCAUGGACGUUCCCAAUUUGGACUAUUCCUCUUACUACAAUCCCAUCAUGCGCGGAAGUGGCGGUAUUUCGGGAUCAGGAGACCUGGAAGAUGCCCCCUUGGAUGCUCCCAGAGCCAGUGUGUUGCAGAUGAAAUGCGCCAGCUUUUGUCACGAGGAGAACUCCGAAGCAACUGCCUUCCGCCUCAAGGAUAUCAACGUGGAUGUUAAGGCGGGCCAGCUGGUCUGCAUUGAAGGGCCUGUGGGCGGUGGAAAGAGCACCUUCCUCACAGCCAUUGUGGCCAACCUGCAGUGCACCGAUGGCGAGGUGUGCGUCCAAGAGCUGACCACAGGCUUUGGCUAUGUGCCACAGUCGCCGUGGCUCCAGAGGGGCACCAUCCGAGAUAAUAUCGUGUGGGGUGCUCAGUUUGACGAACAGUGGUACAAGACGGUACUGCAUGCUUGUGCUCUGGAGGAGGAUCUGCAGAUCCUAGGCGGAGAUCUCAUUGGCGUGGGUGAAAAUGGCAGGACCUUGUCUGGCGGUCAACGGGCCAGAGUGGCCCUAGCCAGGGCUGUUUAUCAAGACAAGAAGGUUUACCUCCUGGACGAUGUACUUUCCUCACUGGAUGCCCAUGUGGCCCGGCAUAUCAUCAAGCACUGUAUACUGCGACUGCUGAAGCACAAAACUCGCAUUGUGGUCACUCGUAGCAUUCAGCUGUUCUUCCACGCCAAUCAGAUACUCCAGGUGAAGGAUGGCCAUCUUCUGCCCAGCGAAUACAUGACCCAGAGCAUUGACUUGAGCUUAGAGGAGGAAGUAGACGAAGAGCAGGAGCAAGCAAGUCGACGACGUUCGGUGGAGUUGGCCAAUCAAGAUGACAAGAAGAGUGUGGAUAGUUUGCUCCUGGAAGAAUCGAGGGAAUACGGUCAUCUGUCGAGUAAUGUCUUCACCUGCUACUGGAAGGCGGUGACUUCUCCUUUGGCCUCCACUGUCUUGCUCUUCGUUCUGCUAAUGCAGCUGACCAGGAAUAUGAGCGAUGCGUGGUUAGCACAUUGGGUCACGGAGACCACAUUGGAUCCACAUCCGAAUGAUACUUCGUUGGACCAUGAAUUGAUGCGCCCUGGACUGGGAAAUGAGACGGAUUCGGGUCACACUACGGGCUUCUAUCUGAGCAUCUUCACGGCCAUUGCGGUGACCAAUUCUCUGGUGACUCUGGCCCGGGCUUUCCUGUUUGCCUACGCGGGCAUCAAGGCGGCUAUUUUCGUGCAUGAGAAUCUGCUGAAGAAAGUCAUGUUUGCCAAGUUCAAUUUCUUUGACAUCACCUCGGUGGGUCGCAUUCUAAAUCGCUUUUCCUCGGAUACCAACACUGUGGACGAUUCCCUGCCCUUCAUCCUCAACAUUCUACUGGCUCAACUGGCUGGGUUGGUGGGUGCGCUCUGCGUCAGCUUGUAUGCCAUGCCCUGGCUGGGUCUGAUCAUCAUUCCCAUGGUGCCCAUCUAUCUGAAUCUGCAGCAGCGUUAUCGUCAUGCCUCCCGGGACAUCAAGCGGCUGUCGAGCAACGCCAUGUCGCCGCUUUACACACAUUUUACGGAAACGCUGCAGGGAUUGACCACGAUAAGGAGCAUGAGAGCCAGUCCCCGAUUUCAAAGGGACUUUCAGGUGAAGCUGGAGGAGAGUAUUAAGGCACAGUUGACGCAAUCAGCGGCGCAGCAAUGGUUGGCUCUGCGCCUCCAGUUGCUGGGAACGCUGUUGGUUGGUGGAGCAGGUCUCUUGGCCGCCAUAACGGCUUCGCAUACAACCAAUCCUGGUCUAGUGGGGCUUUGCAUCUCCUAUGCGCUGUCUAUAACUGGCCAAUUGGGAGAUCUUUUGCAUGCCGUGGCAGAGACGGAGCAGGAGCUGGUGGCCGUGGAGCGAAUAGAUCAAUAUCUACAGCUGGAGGGAGAGCAGAAUGCAGCGGGCAGCGCUGAUCCGCCAUUUGGUUGGCCCACGCAAGGAGUGUUGAGUUUUCGCGAAGUCCAACUGAGCUACCGGGAACACUUGGCGCCUGCCCUGAGAGGUGUUACCUUCCAAACGGAGGCCUUCGAAAGGAUUGGCAUUGUGGGACGCACAGGGGCGGGCAAGACUUCGGUGUUGGCUGCUCUCCUGCGAGUAGCUCCCUUGACCCAUGGCGAUAUUCGGCUGGAUCAGGUGAAUCUGAAAACUCUGGCAUUGAGUGUGCUACGUGAACGGAUAGGAGUCAUCACCCAGGAGCCGUAUCUCUUUGAAGGCACAGUUCGUGAGAAUCUGGAUCCACGUCACGCCUUCUAUGACUCGGAGAUCUGGCAUGCUAUCAAGAACUCGGCGGCUGCCACUCUUCUCGUCCAGCAACUGGGCGGUCUGGAUGGCAAGGUGGAGCAGUGUGGCAAUAACUUAUCCGCAGGGCAAAGGCAACUCCUCUGCCUGGCCCGGGCUUUAUUGAAAAACGCCAAGGUCGUGGCAAUUGAUGAGGGCACUUCCAAUUUGGAUGAUGAAUCCGAUUUGAGCAUGCAGCAGGCGUUGCGAAAUGCCUUCAAGAGUUGCACUCUACUCUUCAUCGCCCAUCGGCUGCGUGGACUCCAGGCCAUGGACCGGAUUAUAGUCCUGGAUGACGGUCGGAUUUGUGAAGAGGGCAGACCGCAGGAUUUGGCCUCCAAUAGCUCAACAAUUUUCCACGGCAUGCUAUUGGCUCAGGACAUAAACCCGGAUGAGUUUGCCGGUACGAAUUAGUAAUAAAAGCAAAUAUGAAUGGAACCUUGUAAAUAAGUCAAAUUGUUGUACGAUUUUAUUUAUUGUUUUUAUUAAUUUGUAUAGAUUAUA